AUGGCCGACCCGGCUUUAGAACUGGCAGAAACCAUCCAAACCGCCUCAAUCAAGCGGGAUCCAUCCCCGAGACACGACAUCAAUCCUCCAACCGCCGCCUCGGAGAAGCGACCAGUGGCACGACGCUCUUCCUCCGAAGCUGACAGCAUCCCUUCUGAUAUUGUUGAUCCCAGUCGCAUGGUUAGGCCCGUUCCACGCCGUCAUACUCUUCCUCCUUUACCCGAUCUGCGGUUUGAACAGAGCUAUCUCGCCAGCUUGCGAGGUGCCGACACAUGGGGACGAGUUGCGUGGAUUACCAUUCGGGACCAGGUUCUUCUACCACUCAUCCAGGGUACUCUUUGGACUCUUGCGCUUUCUGGCUGGCGUUACUGGAACCGCACAGCUUCUCUCAGCGGUCAGACUCUCGGUAGCAGACUACGAAGGUGGUGGUACGAAGUCAAUAAUUGGAAGCUUCCUCCCCUGCGUACAACAAAAGACCCUCGACUUGCUUCCAAGGUCGAAGACUUCUUACAGUUCUACACGGCGCAAUUUUCGAAUGCGGGUGCAGAUUAA